CACAGUGGCGAAACAUGCAUGAUGCAUGUGGUCGGUACAGAAUUGAAUUUGCUGGAAUCUGAAAUUAUUUUAAUUUCGUUUUUAUUAACACCAGAAUGACUAUAUUCCACGACGAGAUAGAAAUAGAAGAUUUUGAUUAUGACGAAGAAGAUGAAAUGUACUAUUACCCAUGUCCAUGCGGUGACAGAUUUCAAAUAAGCAAGGAGGAAUUAAUGGCGGGAGAAGAAGUAGCGACAUGCCCAAGCUGUUCUCUCGUUGUCAAAGUUAUUUAUGAUCUGGAAAAAUUCAAAGCAGAGUCUGAAGAAAUAGUAAGAGAUGAUACUGACAAAGAAACUGUUAAGGUAUAAAAAGAAAAUACCAAAUUUUGGUAAAUGAGCCUACAACAGACUCAGCAGGAUGAGUUGUCUGCAUCAGGAGCAGAGUUCUAGGAUGCAAUUAACAUUAUCUGUGAUCAAAAAUAUUUUAAUAAAGUUAGAUUGUUAAUCUUGUAUUUUUUUUUAUUAUGAUUAUGAUGAUUAUAAA